GGGAGCUGUCCUGAUACUGUGGUCCAGUUAUCUGCCUGUCCACACCCCCGCCAGCUGCCCACAUCCUCGCCAUGGAGUCCAGGGGAAAGUCGGCCAGCAGCCCCAAGCCAGACGCCAAGUCUCAGGCUCCCACGGAAGCCAAGGCCACGCCAGCUGUAGAUGGGAAAGGCCCCUCAACCAAGCCCGGGAAGAAAGAGAGCCAGGCAGAAAAGCAGGAGCAGCCGGCAGCCCCCUCACCCACCCCUGCCAAGAAGACCCCAGUCAAGGCUGACCCUUCGCUUCUCAACAACCACAGCAACCUGAAACCGGCCCCCCUGGCCCCGAGUCCCGAUGCAACCCCAGAGCCCAAGGGUCCUGGAGAUGGGGCAGAGGAGGACGAGCCCUCCACGGGGCCCUCGGGGGGCCGCGGCCCCUGGCCCUGUGAGAACUUGACCCCGCUGAUGGUGGCUGGGGGUGUGGCUGUGGCAGCCAUGGCCCUCAUUCUUGGUGUGGCCUACCUGGCUCGGAAAAAAUAA